GCUCAUAUCUCAUAGCACCAUAUGACUCAUCUAAAUUCCAUAAUCCAAAAUUCGAUUUCCUUAAUGGCAAAGUUAAAUUAAAAUCAUAUUAUAUAUAAUGCACAUUUGUCCAUAACUUGGUUUCUGUCUUAGCUAUCUUAACCAUCAUGGAACAACCUCUUCUAUCUGAACAAAGAGGUGAAUUGACUGAGAAUCAGAAUGAAAAAUGGAGCUCGUAUCAGUAUGUGGGUCGAACAGGUUCUGCAAUUCCCACUGCUUCUUUGGCUGGAACUGAUGUAAGUGUUGAUGAAAUCCGAUCUGCUGCUGCUGUUUCUUCUGCUGCAGGUUACUAUCCUCCUUCUCUUCAUGGGGCUUUGGUUGGAUCACCUGAGCCUGAUCCCGCAGUGCAAGCUCUUGUUUAUCAAGGCGGGUAUGGAGGGGAUUAUGGAGGAACGAGGCCUGAAUCCCAGAGGGAAACCUUGGAUGAAGUAGAGAUACGAGAGUUGCUGAUUGAUCAUGUUGGUCAUCGUUGUUGUUGGGGUAGUCGUCCUGCUCGAACAUGGAAGAUUCAUGCAGUUGAAGACUGUAACGUUUAUGUUGGAACUCUCGAUACUUUUAUAGAAGAAAGAGAGAUCGUAAAAGAGACAGAGCCAUACCUUGGUGGUAGUAUUGAUGGAAAGGAUAAUGGACCAGCACUUAGUAUUUGGGAAUUGGAUCUAAGAUCUCAGUUCCCUGUUCUAUUUGUACCACACAAAGAAGUCCGUGAAAAGAUUCCCCAUUCUGAAAUUAUUGAGAAAUGCUCAGGUUGUGCCGGACGAGGCGGGAUAGUCUGCAGUACAUGCAAUGCUGACCAAGAACCUGGACAUUAUAAAGAAAAUCAGAUGACUCAGUGUCCUAGUUGUUAUGGAAGGGGUUUGAUUGCUCAUAAAGAUGGUUCUGACACACUAUGUGUGAAAUGUAAUGGUAAAGGGAAGCUUCCUUGUACAACUUGUGGAUCUCGUGGAUUACUUAAAUGUGAAACGUGUAAUGGUAGUGGCUCUCUUUUAGCACGCAGUGUAGCCAUUAUUAAGUGGAAGACACUUUCAACUCGGAAAGUAAAUGCAACAAGAGGAGCAGCAUCAGUACCGGAUGAGGUUUUCCACAGAUCCCAAGGGGUUCAAUUAUGCAACACACAGGCUUACCAAUGCACUCCUGCCUUUUUUGCUGAUUCUUUUUUUCUCAACAAGUUCUCUUCGGAAGUCAUUGCUGAGAGAGCUCAAGUGCCGACCACUGCAAGGGUCAUCUGCGAGAGACAUACAAUCUCAGUUGUUCCGGUAACUCGCGUCACCAUGUCUCAUCGCCGGCAAUCCUUCAGUUUCUAUAUUGUAGGAUAUAACAGAGACGUUUACUUAAAGGAUUAUUACCCCUCUAGAUAUUGCUGGGGCCUGUGUCCAUGUUUGGAAUGGUUGAAGUUGUAAUGUUUUAAGGUCGUAUAAGAUUUUAUCUACAUAUAUUUGCAUGUUCUCUUUUGUUUUGUUCUGAAUAAUAACAGAAACAUGUUUGUGGUUUGAGGGGUUUGUAUAUUACGUUUGUUGUAUUAUCCAUAAAUUUGUAAGAACCACAAGUAUGAAUUAUAUAUAUUUUAUGAACUAAAGCUAAAUUCAAUUGGGUUCA